CUGGGUGAAGUAACCCCUUUUUUUGUUUUUCAAAGAGUGUGAUUUUGAACACUAAUUUGACUGUUGUUUUCUUUGGAGCAGGUGUAUUUAUCUGGGUGAAGUAACCCCUUUUUUUGUUUUUCAAAGAGUGUGAUUUUGAACACUAAUUUGACUGUUGUUUUCUUUGGAGUAGAAAAUAUGUCUUAUGCUCCUGCAUGUGUGAUGUCACUGUUUAUCGCAGCAGAAGCCCUACCUCCCCAACCCACGGCAGCACUCCCACCCCAACCGUCAGCCCCACAACCACAACCGGCUCCUCAUCAACCAAGGCAACGGAGGCGUGCUAGGCCACCAAUUUUCCAACCCCGUGUCCUACUUUUUGGGAUGCCAGAUGAUGUUGUUGUGCGUAGAUACAGGCUGCCACCACAUCUAAUCCUAGACACUCUCUCCAUAAUAGAGAGUGAUCUGGAGUCUUCAAUUCGGUAUCCUACAGCAAUACCACCAUUGACACAAUUCCUUGCUGUGUUACAUUUUUUGGCUACAGGCUCUUAUCAGCAUGUGGUUGGAGACCUGGCUGGCAUGUCGCAGGGCCAGUUCAGUAAGGUCCUGCGGCGUGUCUGCCGUGCUUUCCUAAAGCGUGUGAAGCAAUUUAUUGCUAUGCCUUUGGAUGUUGGUGCCCUAGAUGUGGUGAAGCGGCAAUUUGAGGAAGGUGGUAGUCGCUUCCCACAUGUUAUUGGGGUUGUGGAUGGCACACAUGUAGCUAUUCAGCCACCAAGACAUAAUGAAGAAAUUUUUAGAAACAGGAAACUGUUUCAUUCUCUGAAUGUAAUGGUUGUUUGUGGGCCAUCCCUCCAGAUCCUUUCCCUGAAUGCAAAGUUUCCCGGAAACUCCCAUGAUGCGUAUGUCAUUAGACAAUCAGGGAUAUGGCACAGAUUAAGAUCAAGGCAACGAGCAGACAUGUGGUUAUUGGGAGACCGUGGAUAUCCUUGCACCCCCUGGCUCAUGACUCCUUACCGUAAUCCCAGGCCAGGACCACAGACGGCAUUUAACUCCGCGCUUACUGCCACUAGGCAGCUGGUGGAGCGCACAAUUGGGGUCCUUAAAGGGCGGUUUCGUGUGCUCCACCGCACUGGUGGCGACAUCAUGUAUUCGCCGGAGAUGGCAAGUAAACUAGUGGUCCUGUGCGCUAUACUACACAACAUCGCGGUAAGGAGUAGCGUAGAGCUUCCUCAGACAGAGGAAUUGCCUGAUGAGGAGCCAGGGGUUGUCCGACACUUCGGUGGGGGGAGUGUUACACGGAGGGGGAGCCAAGUCAGGGCAAGCAUUGUUGCGGAAUAUUUCAGCUGAAUGCUCACACAAACUGUGGACGACCACAACGGCAAGCAACACAUGAGGCACCAUCUCAGCCCCCUUCCCCUUCUCACUCCCCCUCCACUUCCCAGUCCCCCUCCCCUUCUCACUCCCCCUCCCCUUCCCAAUCCCCCUCAGCUUCCCAGUCCCCCUCAGCUUCCCAAUCUCCCUCUGCUUCCCAGUCCCCCUCAGCUUCCCAGUCCCCCUCAGCUUCCCAAUCCCCCUCAGCUUCCCAGUCACCCUCAGCUUCCCAGGCCCACUCCACUUUCCACUCCCCUUCUCAGCCCACCUCUCCUUCUCUUUCUGUGACCCCUUCUCCUCCUUCCCAUACCCCUUCUCCUUCUACUUCCAAAUCACCUUCUCAGCACCCCUCACCCUCUAUUGGCCUAACAUUCUCUCCGCCCCCCUCGCCCUCUCAAUCAGACCCACCCUCUGAAAUAACAUCCCCAAUCCCUCCUCCUUCCCCCAUCCAGCCUCCUUCCCCCAUCCCUCCUCCUUCCCCAAUCCCUCCUCCUUCCCCCAUCCAGCCGCCUUCCCCCAUCCAGCCGCCUUCCCCACCCAGUGAAUGGGCAGAAGAAGCCCCUGAAGACAUUUCUGGGAGUCAUCAUGUUGCAGAGGAAAAUGUUGCCGUUGGAGAUCCCACAACUUUUGCGGGCAUUCUGGCCAACAUGCGCCAAAAUCUUCUUGCCUUGCUGGAUCAUGUUGACCAGCUAAAAAAAUUUGCUUAAUUACUGUUAAAAU